GACUGUAAACAUUCCGCUGUCAAACGUGUCCGUGCCAAAGUUCGUGAAAGUCGUGUUUGUUCUUGGUUCCAUAAAAAGUUUUGUAAAAAUCGCUGUAAUUGCGUUUCUAAACUGUGUGCCCUUUCGUCGUUGACCGCUUCCUGCGAUGGGUCCGCCGAAAAAGUCGAAAAAAGAUCGCGCCGGGACCGGUGCCAGUUCCGCCACCGGAGGAUUCGUGGAGAACAAGUGGAACAAAAAACGUCGCCCGGAAGAUGAAGCCUACUCGGCAUUUGCCAACGAUGACGACGACAGCAAUCUGGAUGCCGCCGGGGGAGAAUUCGUCCCGGAAGCGGCGUCCAAGAAUGCCGAGAAAAUCGACGAAGGCAUCCAGGAGGACGAAUACGGAGCGAAAGAUUAUCGAUCGCAGAUGGAACUGAAGCCGGACAACGCAUCGAGGCCCUUGUGGGUGGCACCGAAUGGACACAUUUUCUUGGAAUCGUUCUCCCCGGUGUACAAACAUGCGCACGAUUUCCUGAUUGCUAUUUCCGAACCGGUUUGUCGACCGGAGCACAUCCACGAGUAUAAGCUGACGGCGUACAGUCUGUACGCUGCGGUGUCCGUCGGACUUCAGACUCACGACAUCAUCGAGUACCUGAAGCGGCUGAGUAAGACAACGGUCCCGGAAGGUAUUCAGGAGUUCAUUAGACUGUGUACGCUCUCGUACGGGAAGGUCAAGCUUGUGCUGAAGCAUAACAAGUACUUCGUGGAAAGUCCCCAUCCGGAAGUGCUGCAGAAGCUUCUGAAAGAUCCGGUGAUUCAGUCGUGUCGUUUAAGAAGGACUAAUGAUGAAGGAGAUGGGUUUAUUACGCAAACGAUGGAGAAGAAGGCCAUUACAGCCUUUGGAAAUACGAAAAUCGGACCGACGACGACAGUUCCGGCGACGACCGAAGUCGAGAAGCCUGCUGAGGCGGAAACGGCCGUUGCUGUUCCGGACGAUAUUACCAACUUUUACGAUAAGAUGGACAACGAGGAGGAGGAAGAAGAAGCCAAUCUGAAUACGGUUUCUUUCGAAGUUAACCAGGAAAAGAUCGAAGUGCUUCAGAAGCGCUGCAUUGAAAUAGAGUUUCCUUUAUUGGCCGAGUACGAUUUCCGGAAUGAUACAAUCAACGCGGACAUUAACAUUGAUUUGAAACCAGCAGCUGUUUUGCGUCCUUAUCAGGAGAAAAGUCUGAGGAAGAUGUUCGGAAACGGAAGAGCUCGUUCGGGGGUUAUUGUCCUGCCUUGCGGUGCCGGUAAAUCUCUGGUCGGGGUAACGGCUUGCUGUACCGUUCGAAAGCGGGCAUUGGUCCUUUGCAACAGCGGUGUUUCGGUAGAACAGUGGAAACAGCAGUUCAAGAUGUGGUCAACGGCUGACGACAGUAUGAUCUGUCGGUUCACUUCGGAAGCCAAGGACAAACCGAUGGGCUGCGGAAUUUUAGUUACAACGUAUUCUAUGAUCACCCACACGCAGAAGCGCUCCUGGGAAGCGGAACAAACCAUGCGUUGGCUGCAGGAACAGGAAUGGGGUAUCAUGGUUCUGGAUGAAGUACAUACCAUUCCAGCAAAGAUGUUCCGUCGAGUUUUGACCAUCGUCCAGUCCCAUUGUAAACUCGGUUUGACGGCCACAUUGCUUCGUGAAGAUGACAAAAUUGCCGAUCUUAACUUCCUCAUCGGACCUAAGCUCUACGAAGCUAACUGGCUGGAACUUCAGAAGCGUGGCUACAUCGCCAGGGUGCAGUGUGCAGAAGUGUGGUGUCCCAUGGCUCCGGAGUUCUACCGGGAAUACCUCGUGGCCAAGACAUCCAAAAAGAUGCUUCUCUACGUCAUGAACCCAGCCAAGUUCCGCGCCUGUCAGUACCUAAUCCGUUACCACGAAAAGCGUGGCGAUAAAACCAUCGUAUUCUCCGACAACGUCUUCGCUCUCAAACACUACGCCAUCAAGAUGAACAAACCCUACAUUUACGGUCCAACCUCGCAGAGCGAGCGAAUCCAAAUCCUGCAAAACUUCAAGUUCAACCCGAAAGUGAACACCAUCUUCGUCAGUAAGGUCGCCGAUACCAGUUUCGAUUUGCCGGAGGCAAACGUCCUAAUCCAGAUUUCUUCGCACGGUGGUUCCCGUCGUCAGGAGGCUCAGCGUCUCGGACGUAUCCUCCGUGCCAAAAAGGGCGCCAUCGCCGAAGAGUACAACGCCUUCUUCUACACCCUCGUAUCCCAAGAUACCCUGGAAAUGGGUUACUCUCGGAAGCGCCAGCGGUUCCUGGUGAAUCAAGGCUACAGCUACAAGGUGAUCACGCACCUGGCCGGUAUGGACAGCGAUCCGGAUUUGUUCUACAAGACGCGCGAAGAGCAGGGCCAACUGCUGCAGCAGGUUCUCUCGGCCACCGAUAUGGACUGCGAGGACGAGAGGAUACCCGGUGAAGGCACGGGAGCACCGCGGCCGGGAGGCUCCAAGCGUACCGGCGGGCUUAGCUCGAUGUCCGGUGCGGACGAUGCCGUGUACUUGGAGUUCCGGAAGAAGAAGGAACAUCUGCAUCCGCUGUUCAAGAAGUUCAGGGGAUAAGGGUGGAGGACAUUUUCUUGUGAUUUUUUUGAUUCGAAAUAAAGAAUAAACGAUUUAUACAAUA